AUGGACGUGCGAUCCAUGCGCGACGACGAGGAUUCCAUGAGGUGGAGGUUGAGAUCAGUUUGCGUGAGCUUGUGUCUUGGGAUCAUGGAACAAUCAGAGAAUGUGCUGGUGGUACAAGACGACAAAGACAAGGCUGAUCCAGCAUGGCCUCCUUGGAAGCAGCUGCUGGAGGACCUUGCGGAAGCACAUCCUCCUCCGAGCACAGUCAAACUCGCGUACAAGAACCUGGGAGAUGCAGGAGCGUUCCGACUGGCUGAGCUCCUCAAAGGUCCACUCCAAGGAGUCAAAGUCCUUGACCUGAGCUGCACGUCUGUUGGUUCUUCUGGAGCAUGCGCAAUAGCAGCUGUCUUGCCCGGUCAUGCGGAGCUGCGAGCGCUUGACAUGAGCUCCAACGCUGUCACUGACGUCGGCGCUAUGGCGUUUGCUCAGAGCAUGACGAAGAACAGCUUGUUCCCGAGCGAGUGCGUGGAGGGCAAGAAACUGGCGGCAGGGAAAACUCUCGAAUCUGCGAGGGACGAGCGCAGGUUGUACCUGGUCAUCGGAGGAAGCUUGAUCGGAAAGAACGAGCAGCUUGCCUCCGCAAUAUGUGACAUGGGGAGCAAAGACGACAAGGAUGCAUGGAAGGGAGGAGGGAGCAAGAGAAAGAAAACGGAUGCGAAGAAGGAUAAGAACAACACGCUCCUGGAGCUCAACUUGCGGCAGAACUACAUUUCUGAUACGGGAGCAACCAGGAUCGCUAACGCCAUCCGCUCCAACAAAACUCUCCGAGUCUGUGACGUACAGAGCAACAGCUACGGGCAGGCAGGCAGGGCCUGCUUGCAUGACGCGUACAAGAGCAAUGGGCAGGUUGAGAGGAGCAUGCCGCUAGCAUGGCACGCGGCCGGUCGGACGGGCCAGGGGGAGGGGGAGGAGGGGACAGACGCUGUGCUGGCGAGACUCGCGCUUCCUCCUCGCAGCCUUGUGUCGGUUGACAGCGCGCUGGAUGCGAGUAAGACGAGGCACAGCAGGAAGAAGACUCCGUCCUCCAACGACAAGGGAGCGUCGCCGAGCAUGCAGCAGAACAACCUGAGGAGCUGCCCUCCUCCUGCUCUGCUGGGAUCGAGCUCGAGGAGCAAACCUGCGAUCUUCUGUGCCGACCACGACGACAACAGCAAGGCUGUGCGGAGAGGUCGUUUCCACUGUGUCAUGCUCUUCGUCCAGAAUACUUUCAGGCUAAAGAGAAUUCAAGCGCUCAGGAUGUUCCUGCUCUUAGCAAUCGUCGUUGCUACAGUGCUCCUGUGGAUCUCUCACUCGACGCUAGAGGACAUCGAGGACAGGAGCGGACGAGCCUUGCUCAGGACAGGUGACUUGUUGCUGCAGAUAUGA